AUGGGACAUAAGAAUUCCAGCACCGUCACUGAGCUGGUCCUUAUGGGAUUUUCCAGUCAUCCCCAAAGCGAGACACCCCUCUUCUUCCUGUUCUCUCUGGCCUACUUGGCAAAUUGUUUUGGAAACACAGCCAUCAUCACUUUGGUCGUUCUGCGUUCCCCUCUCCAGACAGCCAUGUAUAUCUUCCUUUGUCACCUGGCCUUUCUCAACACACUUUUUAGCACAAUCGUGGUCCCCAAGAAGCUCUAUAACUUCCUUGCAACCAGCAAAGUCAUCUCUUACAACUUCUGCCUUGCUCAGACCUCCAUCACCUUAUUCCUGGAGGUGACUGAGUGCUUUCUUCUUGCAGUGAUGGCACUGGACCGCUAUGUGGCCAUUUGUUUCCCACUGAGGUACCUGCUCAUCGUGAACACGCCUGUGUGGGCACUGGCUCUGGGAGCCUGGACCACAGGCGUUUUUGCUUCAGUGGUGCCUCUGUUCCUCACAGUCCUCCCACUCUGUGGUCCUUAUGUUGUUGACUAUGUUUUCUGUGAACUGCCCAUCCUUCUUCACAUGUUCUGUGCAGAUACAUCCCUGCAGGAGGCCAUGAUGCUUGCAGGAGGGACCGGAACAGUGUUACUCCCCUUCCUCCUCAUUAUUCUCUCCUACCUGCGCAUCCUGGUGGCUGUGAUGAGAAUAGACUCAGUUGAGGGCAGGAAAAAAGUCUUUUCAACCUGCACUUCCCAUCUGACUGCGGUGACCAUAUAUUAUGGAACAGGAUUAAUCAGAUACAUGAGGCCCAAGUCCCUUUACUCAGCAGAGGGAGACAAACUGAUCUCCUUGUUCUAUGCGGUCAUCAACCCUAUGCUGAAUCCUUUCAUUUACAGCCUGAAGAACAUGGAAGUGAAGCAGGCUAUGGGAAGAGUUAUAGGAAAAUACAGAAAUAAAAUUAAAUCACAUACUAGGAUGUGUAGAAGUUAA